UUAGCCGUUCCCGGGCCGUCCCGCUCCGUGCUGGCCGCGGCUCGGGGCCCCGCUGGGCGCUGCCGGGGGGGGGGGGAAGCAUUUCGCGAGGUGCACUUCCGCCUGGCGGCUGCAGGGAAGCCUCCGUGAGCGGCCCCGGGCCGGGCCUGGGGGUGGCGGUGGGGCCGUGGAACGCGAGAGGAUGUCCCGAGUGCCGGUGGGGAAGGUGCUGCUGCGGAACGUGAUCCGGCACACGGGUGCGCACAACAAGAUUCAGGAGGAGACAGAAAUGUGGAAAAUAAGGGAAUGGGAGAAGCAGACAGAAGAGACUUACUGGAAAAGGCAAAGCAGAAUGCUCUCAGAUACCUCCAGCAGUCGGAUGCGCAGCGAUGGCUUCGACGAGGAGGGCCACAGGGCUGACUGGAGGGCAAAGAACUCCCAGUUCCUUGACCUGGUUGAAGAUGACCUCCUCAGGGCUCGAUCCUGGAACAAAAAGCUGUAUGAAUGUGAAGCCAACAUGCCAGACAGGUGGGGUCACAGUGGCUACAAAGAGUUGUACCCUGAAGAAUUCGACACAGAUAGUGACCCUCAGGGAGAUGAACAAAAUGCGAUCAACGGGAAGAAGAAAUCUCAUCUGGGGAAGCCAACGACUGCCCGGGAGUCACACAAGAGGAAAAAGCCAAAGAAAUCCCACAAGAAGAAGCAAAAAAAGAGAUCACACAAAAAAAGAAAGAGAAAGAAAAAGGAGCAGGGGAGGACAUCGUCAGAUUCCUCCCGAGAGAGUGAGUGCUCGGAGGAGGAGACCUCAAGCACCCGCAAGGGGAAACACAAGCGCAAGAAAAAGACCAGGAAAGUGCCUGCCAGGGAACCUACCUCCUCUUCUGGGCAGGACAGUGACUUUUCUCGUGCCAGCAGCUCAACCACCAGCAGCUCUGAGGACAGUGAAUCUGAGGAGAAAAAGGCAAAACGGCCCCCAAAAAAGAGAAAGAAACGGCGCAGCUCCGCGCCGGAGAGGCACAGCGAGGUGCCAGAGAAGAAGAGCAAGAGGAAGAACUGGAAGGUGGCCGCUGAUGAGAAAUCAGAGGAUAGCUCAGAUGAGGAUUAAUGAGCCUAGGCUGCAGCUCAGACAAUAAGGUAGAGGCCAGAGGCAGGCAUUUAUCUCUCAGCACUGCCCCACGGUACAACUCGUUUCCACACUGUGGUUUACACACAUCC